GGCAGCAGAGUUCCAGAGAGCGGAGGCUGCUCUCUCCUCCUAUCAGCGCCAUUGUGUGGCGAAGGCUCCGCCAGCGAGGACCGGUUGUUUUUCUGUUGCCGACGGGACUGUUUAAACACCACCCCCCCUCAUGUUUCUCAGCGGACCCCCGGCGGACCUGGAUCUGAUAUAUGUUCUGUAAAGGUGCGAAGCGGAAGCUGGAAGAGGAUGAAGAGGGCCUGGAAGGCAAAACGCUGGAGGCGUCGGUGGCGGGAGGGGGGGUAGGCUACGCCGCAGAGGGUCUUUCCAAGGUGUCCUACACCCUGCAGAGACAGACCAUCUUCAACAUCUCCCUGAUGAAGCUCUACAGCCAGCGGCCCCUCGGCGAACCCAGCCUGGAGCGCCGCGUCCUCAUCAACAACAUGCUGCGCCGCAUCCAGGACGAGCUCAAGCAGGAGGGCUCCCUGCGGCCGCUGUUCCUCCCGCCUUCGCCGCCGCCCGACGACCCCAUGGACGAGGGCUUCCGGGAGGCGCCGCCGUCCUUCGGCAUCCUGUCGGCGGCCGCGCAGGCGUCCCAGCCGUCCGCGCUGUUGAUGCCGCCCAUCCCUCCGCCGCCCUCGCCCCACCCGAUGGUGCCUCCCGGCUGCCAGCGGGCGGACGCCGGCUCCGCCCCUCCGGAGGCCUGCCUCACUCCGGCCUCCCUGCUGGAGGAGGACGUCGCCGAUUCAGCGUUUUGCGCCACGUCCCCACCCACCCCGCCUCUGUCUCCGCCCCCGCUGCCCCCAUCUUCAGCACCAAUGAGCCAGGCGUCCUCUGUUGUCGCCGUCUCAUCAGACGACAGCUUCUCAUCCGCUCCCAGUGACAUGGAGCUGGGUCCUCCCACGGCCACGACGCGGACGGCAGCAGCUAAUACUCCGACCAUAACUACCUCCCCCGGUCCCGCUCCAGCCACGCAGCCCCCUUUCUCGGCUCCCCCCGCCUCAACCAGAGACUGCAGGACGACGAAACCAGAGGCAGCCGCUGUUUUCCUGCUGGAGAGCCGCUGCGCCGAGCUCCGACAGACGGAGGCUCCGCCCACACAUUCCCCCGGCAGCCUGGAAGACGCUUCCCCCACCCCCCCGCCGCCUCCUUCCUCCCCCUCGGGGUUCCUCUCGGACUUGUCGCUGGACGACGUCCUGUUCGCCGACAUCGACACGUCCAUGUACGACUUUGACCCCUGCACCACAGCGGGGGGUGUGGGUGCGGUGGCGGCGGCAGCCGGCGGCGGCGGCCUCGCCAAGCUUUCGCCGGUGGUGAACGCAGACGACCUCCUCAAAACGCUGGCGUCGCCGUACAGCGGCUCCGCCCCCCAGGUUUCAGCCAAUCAGCCUUUUAAAAUCGACCUGACAGAACUGGACCACAUCAUGGAGGUGUUGGUGGGGUCGUGAUUCGGCGGGCGCCCCCCCCCACCGCCGCCACCGCCUUGGGAAACUUUUCUCCCUCCAGAGAACAGACUGGACGGGGAAACAUUCGGGAUCGCUUCUGUUUUUUUUUCCUCUCUUUUUAUCUUUUUUCAAAGACUUUCUUCUAUGGUCGGUAAUUGUAAACAUCGAAGGUGAUGUCAAUUAGUACUACUAUGACAACUACUACUUCUACACAACACUGUUCAUGCACUGUGCUCGCCUUUCUAGGUGUGGAAGGGAAGUAACGAGGAAACAAAGCAGACACGGACUUUUUGUAUAUCUAUACUUGUGAGGAACUCCACCAACUCCCUCAUCUCCUCUUUCUAAUCCUAAGCCUUAACCCUGAAGAGUAACUGUAAAUACUUUUUUAUUUUCGACCCUCGCGGGGAUAUGCACUCCUCACAGGUGCAGAAAUACAAAAAACAGACAUAUUCACAAACACACACUGUAAUUAUGGCUUUUAGCAGCUGAGUGCCUUUCAAAUGACCACUUAUUUUAGUUCUUGUUUUUUCCAGUAUUUUUUUUAUCAGAUCUUCUCACUUUAACAGCCCACAGAGGUCUAACUCGAUGUUCGUCUUUAAUUUAUUAUAAUGUAUUAAAAAAAAAAAAUUGUUGAGGUAAUUAUACAUGAUCAAAUGAUGAUUAUUUAAUCCUUAGCUUAUUACAGAUACAAUGUUUUAAUUGUAAAAGCAAGCAUUUAAAAAGGAAGAGCUUGUUUCAGUGGUGUCCAUGGGGGGGCCAAACGUGACGCGAUGUAACAAAUGAAUAAUCUGGUGGUUAUUCAUGUGUGCAGCAGGUUCAAAUCUCAAAAUACAAACACAUUAAUGGGUAAUUAGACGUGACAGUCAUUGAAAUUGGUCAAUUAUUUAUUAAAUGCGUUGCAAUAAGGGAUUAUUUCAGUAUUUUUCUUCGUGCCUUGCCAGCCUGCGGAGCAAGAGCACUUCAGACAAAUCUAGACCAAAAGGUGCCGUCAGCCACCUGAUUUCACAUUGAUGGGUAAAGGAUUAUAUGUUUGUUUGUCUUUGUUUAUUUAUUACAUUUUUGGCACAUUUGGACCCCCAUAGUUUUCCACGUUAGCCUGGCUCUGCAAUAAUGCUUUAGAAGUAGCUCUAAAACACAUAAACCAGGUUGUUGUUUAAUGUCUUCUAGAAGAGAGCGUAUGUUUUAUGUACAAAUGAUGUCUACAAACUCAAUGCAAGACUUUCUCUGUUUCUUUGUUGUUUUUGUUUUUUUUUUUGUUCCCCCCCCCCCACCUUACUGGCAGUGGCAUGUAACUGCUGGUUGUUGUUUUUACACGAGAGCUCGGUCACAAGAGCCAGUUAUGGCGAUCCAGUUGCAGAGGUAUUCAAAUGAGCUGCACCCACUGCUAAGUGUGUUUACAUUGGAGGCCAAAAGCGGCCGGCUGCCCCGUCCCAGUUGGACGCGGACGCCGUGUGAAAGAACCCGAGAAGAGCUCAGAUCUCCACAAAAGCUCCGGUACAAAAAACGGCUGAACGCGCCGACGCCAGUUUUCCAACAAAUAAUUGGUGAUUUGGUUCAAAAACAAACUCCUGACGGCAGGGCUUCCAGUAUUCCUCACACUGCCUGUUUCUACGGGGUAUGUUUACACGUGUUGGUAAUAGUUGCCCUUACCCCCCCCCCCCCCCCCACCACCACCACCACCACCUUUCUGGCUCAGAGCCGUACGAUUCAAACCCGUAAUCACUACAGACAAGCGCGUAUUACAGCGAUAUCGGUUUGUGAGCGUUUGUGGUAGGAUUCAACGUUUUCCGCUUGUUCUCGCUGUUCAGGUUUCAGAGUGCGACACGCUUCUGGCACUUUUCCUUUACGUGGAGCAGAACGGUGCAGUUUUACUCCAGGUAGUGCCACCUUCACUCAGCCCGCAGACUGUGGCUAUUAGGGCUGAACGAUUUUGGAAAAUAAU